AAUCAUUGUGGGAAAUCCAAAAAGAGUUUUGUUAAUUUAAAUUCCGCUUAAAGUAUGCUUAUUAGGUUGAAAGGUACCUUAUAUAUUUAUCACGGAAUUUUCCCAAAAAAAGUGCACCUUAUUAUGUCUGAGAGAUGAUAAAGUGUGAAAAAUCCCCUUAAAAGUAAUACCAGAAAAGAUGACUUGGAUGGAAUCUUUGUACCAAAAAUUUCUAACAAUCACACAGACUUUUGGACUCUUGAACCAUAGUUUACGUUUUGGUGUGUGGUUGUGGUUAAAUUCCAGAUAUAUCUGGUCAAAAGAUCAAAUAAAUUCCCGAUUGGUAUGUGUGCUAAAAGGCUAGCAGCAGUAGUGGCAAGAUUAGUUUAUUGAAUAUUGUGCAAGUUGCUUUGGAAGUGCCAUAAAUUAUGAGAAGAGGAAGGAGAAGUUGUACAUCGAUGACGUAUUCGGAAUCUCCCAGAGUCUGCCUGGAUUGACUAUCUCACAUGAUCCCCACCUCAAGUUCAUGCGAUCACCAACACUCUUGCUGUAUACAGGUGUAAGAAGAAAAAAUUCACGAGACUGAAAACAGGUAAAAUAUAAAAAGGUAAGGUGCUUUGAUGAGCUUUGCCUGUGUUGAGUGAAUUUUCUUGCUCGACCACAUUGAACUCUCUUGGGUGAUUCUUGGGUCGAGACAACAGGCUCCAAUCCAAAUGAAUUCCCGCAGUCAGUAUGUGAUUCGUGGAUUGGACAGACGGUCAGUAGUUUUGUGCUCGCUCUACAAGAAGACUCUUCUGUAAUCAGACCCUGAAAACUUCCUCAAGGUUCUUUUUUUGUGUGCACCUCCGCCGAAUUUGUGUGCUAAAUCAAGUGAUACGGUGCCUCCGCCCCAAAUUAACUGACCAAUUCGCACAGUACUACAUUAUAUUUUUAAGAAAGACUUCUGUGGUGCCAAUCGCAGUGAAAUCAGAAGAUACUUUGCAUAAGUUACUUUCAUGAAUACAUUACACAGUGAAUAUUGUUGAGAGUGCACAAGUGACACCAUUUAUAACGUUAAAACCUGUGGCAAGAUAUCGUCGCUGGAGACAGAAUGGAAGGAAUUAAGUUAUUCUUAGCAAUCCUCGGAGUACUUAGCCUCACCUCACAUAAUUCUGCCGAUGACUAUGCGGAUAGAUUAGUAUUUCCGGAUGAUAUAAGUAUCCCCGAACAUACACCAUCCUAUAAAGCAACCAUUUCUGCACGUCAAGCGAAUGGGGCAAUAAGUGAUAUUGUGAUCGCACAGCAGAAUCAGCAGCAAGACCAAAUUAAUAAAUUCCUUACAUCCGGGACGUUUCCCGGGUCAAAUUCGGCGCCGAAGCCACCACAGGAUCUCUUCUCGCGUCCUCUAACGCCGAAGGAGCAAUACGAAGCUGAGCAGAGACAGAGACUGGAACAGGAGAGGUAUCAGCAGGAGCAGCAGAGGUUGCAAUAUUUGGAGCAACAGCGAAUUCAGGAAGAGAUUCAACGACGACAGGCCGAACAGGCCCAACAGCAGUACUUCCCACAGCCUGUUGAGCAGAAAUCCCCAGUGGGUCAAACGGAGAACUACAUCGACCCCUUAAACUUCCAGCUGCCCAACAACCCCAAUCGCAUUAAUGUCCGCCCACACCAACCGAGCGAGAGUGAUGCUAUUACGGCAUUUGCCUGGAGAUUAUUCAAAGGAAUCAAACCACCAAAUCGCUACACUAACAUCAUUGUCAGUCCUCUCUUGACCCAACUAUCGCUCUCUUUACUCGGCGCUGGAGCUGAUGGAUACACAAGGGAGCAAAUUGAAGCAGCUGUACAAUUGAAUCCAGAAUUCCUGGCAGGCGUAGUGCGUUCCCUGAAAAAUACCCAACCAUCAACAAGUCUGGAGUAUUCUGCAGCAGUAUUUGUGUCAAACUACCUGAAACUCAAUGGAACCUUUGCUCAAAAGGCGAAACAGGUGGGCUCUGACACCGUUCCAGUAGAUUUCCCCAAUCAAGCGGCAGCAAUUAAGCAAAUAAAUAGUUGGAUUGCACAAGCAACAAGGAAUCACAUUCCAAACUUCCUGGAUAGUAGUUCACCAACACAGGGAAUUGAUAUGCUUCUGGCAAAUGCAAUCUUCUUCAAGAGCAUCUGGAGGCAUCCCUUCAAUGAGACAUUCAAGGGAGACUUUAACUACAGGGACGGUCACCAAGGACAGGUGAACUACAUGAGGGUGGCAAAGCACAUGAGGUCAGGGACCAUGCAACUUUCUGGACCAUCUGGUGGACUCAAAUGGGUGGAAAUUCCUUAUGCAGGAGGAGAAUUCUCAAUGAUUCUCAUUGUACCAAAAACAAAGAAUACACUCGAAGAGCUCCUUAGUGUAUUAACACCAAAUCACUUGAGCAGCAUUAUGGAUCAGUUGGAAUAUUCCAUGACGCACAUUGUGAAGCUGCAAAUGCCCAAAUUUCACUUGAAGUCACGAGUUUCCCUCACAAAGUCCCUUCUUGAGAUGGGUGUCAGCAACAUCUUCACGAGUCAAUCAAACUUACCCUACAUUGCUCUAAAUGCACCAGUUGUUCGCGUAACAGAUGCCAUCCAACAUGCUGUACUUAAUGUCGAUGAAUUGGGUACUGUAGCCACGGCCGUAAAUACCUUCUCAGUCAUCACCCUUAGCAUCAGUGUGCCAGACCCAGAAAUAUCAUUUAUCGUUGACGAACCCUUCCUUGCUCUCAUUGUAGAUAAAAGACAAAAGGUUCCGCUGUUCAUCACUAAAAUUUAUAAUCCUUAGUGCCUAGUUUUUACAAAAUAUUAUCACAUUUGAGACGUAGAUUUGUAUAGGAGAAUGAUCUUAUCUUAUGUGAAAAUAAAUGAGAUUUCACAAA